GGCGCGGGCGCCUGCAGCGGGCGGGCGGGCGGGCGGCGCCGUGAGGGGAAGAUGCCGGUGGCGGUGAUGGCCGAGAGCUCCGUGAGCUUCAGGCGGCUCCUGGAGCAGUGCGAGACGCAGGAGCUGGAGGCCCCUGGAGGAAUUGCCACACCCCUGGUUUAUGGCCAGCUGCUGGCUCUGUACCUGUUGCACAACGACAUGAAUAAUGCACGUUAUCUCUGGAAAAGAAUCCCUCCUGCUAUCAAAUCUGCAAAUGCUGAACUUGGUGCAGUUUGGUCAGUGGGACAAAGAAUCUGGCAGAGGGACUUCCCAGGGAUCUACACAGCAAUCAGUGCACAUCAGUGGUCUGAGACUGUCCAGCCAAUCAUGGAAGCACUCAGAGAUGCAACCAGGAGACGAGCCUUUGGACUGGUUUCCCAGGCUUACACAUCCAUAGUUGCAGAUGAUUUUGCAGCCUUUGUUGGCCUUCCUGUAGAAGAAGCUGUGAAAGGUGUGCUAGAUCAGGGCUGGCAAGCAGACUUUGCAACUCGCAUGGUGAUGCCUAAAAAGCCAGGUGUGCUGGAAGCUUCCUUUAACAGAUUUAUUCCUUCAUCAGAACCUGCUCCGGUCCCACCAAUUCCCAACGAACAGCAGUUGGCCAGAUUGACUGACUAUGUGGCUUUCCUGGAAAACUGAUCACCCUGCUCCUGUGUUCAGAAUAACUUGGGAAUCCUGUGUACUGACAGUUUUAGAUCUAAGAUUUAUUUUAUUCUGUUUUAUUCUGUUAAACAUUGCAGCGUCCCCCACUCAGAAGUGUCAAGUAUCCAGUGUGUGUCAGCCCCACUCCUGUUUUGCCAAAGCCCAGCUAGCAGUGAAACAAUCCUUUAACUCCUGCAAUAUUUAUUCAGUAGGUACACAGAAUACACAGCAGUAUUACAUAGUACUUUUUUUUUUAAUUGACUCAAAGCAGAACCUUUUUCAGAUGUGUUAGAAAUGGAGAAGAAAUAAUUCUCUGGUGAGUACUGCAGUGCUUAUCACAGAUCUACUGCAUGUUGAACUAGAGGACAGAGAGUGGAAGGCUGCCCAGCCUGUAUGUACAAAGAAAAAAAUAUUUUGAUGAAAGUGAAAGAAAACAAUUUUGCAGUAAUUCUCUUGCAAAUAUUUUUGUGGCAUAUUUAUAAUUGAUUUUUUUUUCUUGUUCUUUCUAGAUUGUUAAAUCUACUUCGUGUUCUGAUGUGAGAAAUUUCACAUCAGGCAUGUUUUUACAGCAGAAUAAUUGUUUAACAAAGACAAAUCUAUGCUUUGAGGAAGUAUUUUGACUUUUUGAAGGUUUUAUUUGAGUGAUGUAGGACACCAGAUGUUUUCCUGGGUAACCCUACACCUUGAAACCUGUCAUGUCUUGCUCCCUUUCAGUACGCUGGGCCAGGAUCUGCAAGAAAUAACAAUUCUUACCUGUCUUUAAGCUUUCUGGGUUACUUUUGCAGUGAUUGGAGAGGAGUUUCAAGGUUAGAGUAGGAGCAGAGCCCAGCAGAGAGAGGGGUGAUGCAUUGUGCUGUGUCAGUCUUUGAGCUGAGAGUGGAUUUUGGAAGCAAACAUGAAUUCUCUUGCUGUUUGUGUCGCGUUGGUGAAAAGGCUGCGGAGAAAGAGUGGUGCUUUAAAGGGCAGUGCAUGUCUCCAUUUAUUUCUCUCCCCUUUCUGAAAUCCUAUCCAGAGGUUCCAUGGAAGCUGGCGAGUGUGCCCUUGGGUUGUGAUUGUUUUUCCAGUGUGCACUGCCUACUGUACAUUCUCUUGGUGAGGGGGUGUUAGCAGGGAGGAAUUACAAACUGUGCUCUUGCUGCCUUGAGAGCUCACUUGAUUUGUAAACACUUUCUCAAAAUGAUUAUUUAUUUGAAACCCACCUAAGACUUGGAUUGCUAAAUUUUUCUUCAGUGAUAUUAAAGAACAUGUUUACACUGA